AUGGCUAUGAGCUAUGCGAAAGCUUUGUCGCCGUACGACAAUAAGGGUGUUCUAGGAUUGCCUGAGAUUAUCGAUGAUCAUAAUGAACUGAAACGAAAAGUGGGCAAGCUUGCAGAGUUACUAUUGGCAAGUCGUUGUUGUGUGCUACAUACAGGAGCUGGUAUCAGUACUACAGCAGGUAUACCAGAUUUCCGCGGUCCUAAAGGAUUGUGGACUUUGGAAGCUCGGAACGAACCAGUUGAUGAUGGAGUUAGUUUUGUUGAAGCUUCUCCAACUUAUACUCAUUACGGAAUUAACGCACUGGAAAGCAGAAAUAUCGUCAAAUUUGUUAUUACCCAGAAUGUAGAUGGUUUGCACAUUCGUUCAGGAUAUCCGUUGAAUCGUAUCGCUGAACUUCAUGGAAAUGUAUUCCUGGAAAAAUGUUCCAGAUGUAGCAGAAGAUAUUAUCGGACUACGCCAACUGGAAGCAUCGGUUUAAAACCUACCGGGAAACGAUGUGAAGGUACAAAUAGCGGGCGGCCUUGUCGUGGAAUGCUGCAUGACGUUUGUUUGGACUGGGAAGAUCCAUUACCACAAGAAGAUCUUUAUGCAGCUAAUGAAUUCGCAAGAAAUGCCGAUCUCAGCAUUUGCAUGGGUACAACACUCCAAAUAACUCCUGCUGGUGAUCUACCACUUCUAGCCAAGAAAAAUGGUGGUAAAAUGGUCAUCAUUAAUCUUUCAAAAACAAAACAUGAUGAGAAAGCCGAUCUCAUAAUUAAUGCUCGUGUGGAUGAUGUGAUGCGAAUGUUGUUGACCACAAUGGAUAUUGGUGUUGUGCAGAAAUUUAAUACUAAUUUUGUUGUACCUCUUUCUAUCCAUCCGCUGGAGAGGUUCAGAAAAAACAGAAAGCGACGGAAACUGAAGAAGGAGAAGGAGGAAUGA